CCCUCACACGCCCACCAUUGCCUCGAGUUCCGCGUUCAGGCUAACUUGUAAAAUGAACGCAUUACCUCAAGAACCGUUAUUAGCGCGAGAAAAACUACCGUUGCUGACCGAAUUUGGGUGGCCGUGACAAUGCAACUGACCUCAAUACUGCUUUGCGCGCAUCGAGGGGAGUGAAGAUGACUACGGAGAUUCUAGUGACUCCGGCCGAAGAUGCGCCCCUGACAUGCGGGCAACAGCUGCGAGAGGACGAGAGUCUACAGUCCUCGGACUCCAACAGCGUCUCACCGCAGCUGCAGAUAGUGUGCAGCAACAACAGUUACGUGGGCAUCCGCUCUGGCGCCUUCCUGGACAUGCACAGCCCGAUGGAGGUCUCCACUUCGGUGGUGCUCAACUUCUGCCGGAAGAACGUGCUCCGCCACUACUUCCGGCUCCUCGCCAUGGUCGGUUGGCUGCCCCUAGUGGAAGCCAGCGAGCCUGUGCGCUGCCAGCCCGCGCUGCAGACACUCAAUGUCAUGUACAACGUGGUCGUCUUUGUCGUGCUCUUGAUGGGACAGAUGCUGCAGUACGCGUCCUGCUUCCGCAGGGACGGCAUUGUCAACUACAGGUCGUCGGUGCUCCACUUCGACACCCUCAAACACUUCGGAUGGGUCGAAGGAAGUGACGCGACAUGUGGCGGCAGCUGGUUCGCCGUGUACGUUCUACCAUCGGCAAUGCAGACCUCUGCGUACGUAGUCGCCUUAUUGCACAUGCGCUCGAGCGAGUACGAGCAGUUCCAGGCGCUUGUGGAAAAGGUGUUCCUGCAGCUAACCACCAGCGGCGUCUGGAACGUCGCCAGGAAGCGCAUCACCCGUCGUCUGCACGCAGUCUACGCUGCCGGAGUGCUCUGGAUCAUCUCCUCGUUGGCGUCACAGGUGCUCAACAUCUAUGCCGGCGGCACGCUAAACUUCCAGUGGAUCUACGUCUCCGAGGGCGACGAGGACGUGCACUACUUCCUGCUCGCGGCGCUCGUGCUGAUGCUUAUGUUCCACGACGUCGUGAGCAUGACCCUGGCCACGAGCUACGCUAUCCAUUGCCAGCUGGUGCUCGUUUAUCUACAGAACAUGUCGCAGGCUGUGCGCGAGAGGCGAACGACGUUGCUCGAGUUCUACCGUGGCGUCGGGGAGGCCCGCAAGAGCGUCCGGUAUCUCAACAAGAGGCACGCGCUCGCUGUGACCGUGCAGACAAUGUGGGUCGCCUCGAGGACGGUGGUCUGCUUCUACGCCCUGUUCGGCACGCCGUGGACGCAGUGGCAGCGCUUCAUGGCCGCCUGGCUCAACGUGGCCGUCUGGUUCUCGCUCCUGCUCAUUCCCCUGGUGCAGGCGAGCCGGCUCAGCUCCGAGUGCAACCACGUCCGGGAAGUUGGGCUGGAGAUAAUGGCGCGCCCUUUCGGCUACGCCAACGUGCCGUCGUCGGAACUGGACACGUUCCUGCUCUUUACGUCCUCACUGAGGAUGCAGGCCAAGCUCUGCGCCCUGCCCGUGACCAAGCGCACGGUCGUGUUCCUCUUCCUGUUCAUAGGACUCAGCUUGUUCAUAUCCGUGCAGCUUGACAUCGUUCAUUUCAGGCCCUAGGCGAUUAUUCAGAGCCUUGCGUCGCGGCGUGUGUAACUUAAAAAUGCGUUCUUUCCCUUGUUUAUUUUUCUCUUUGCAUGCGUUUAAAAAAAAGCUAAUGUUAUUUUUUCUCUGAGAAACUUUUACAAUACUCUUGCGUAGAAAUUUCUAUAGCCAGCUGUCUACUUGAGUGUUACUAAAGCUGCGCAGUGUUUACAGUUCCGAACCUCUCACUUGUUACUAUACAUAUACCAUACUCCGGUACAGUGUAUAUACAUGCUCUCAUUCGGCGUGCAUUCGUCAGUUAAAACAAUCAGCACAGGUGACCUGUAGAUGUAGUGACAAGCUGCCGUAAUCGGCGUUACAUUUACAAAAGCAUCCACAUCGGGAGCUCCCGACAUCGCAAAGAUAUGUAUUGGCCUAUUUUUACUCAUAACUAUGAAAAAAAAAACAUUCCUCGCAGAACACCGUUCCUAGAAGCAUGUCUCGUCGGAAGGACAAAAAAAAUUAUUGCAAGAGGUAACGACUCACUCAAACAACGCAAUGUUACGAGGUGCAACGUCGCCGUCGGUGCCGUCGGCGUGCUCCUGAAAACAAAAGCUGCAUCGUCUAGAGCUGGAAUCUUUCCCUUUCAACUACCAGUAAGUGAUAAUUUUUCCCAAUGACUGUAUCUGUUUUAUCCUGAAAAUUUUAUGUCAACAUUUAUUUGUUGGUUUUAUGAGAUUAAAUGGAAUUUUAACCGAA